AUGGCACCGCCUCUGGAGAAGGAGCUUGAAGACAAGGCGAAGGAAUUAGAAAAGCUGCGGGACGAAGUGGAGACAGACAUGCAGGGAUCUAUGUUGCCACACGUGGAAAACAUGGAACAAGCUUUGGAUACAUUGAACAUGAAAAACCUGGCAGAGAUGCGCAGCAAAAAGAAGGUUUCUGACGAAAUUGUGAAGGUGAUGAACACGCUGUAUUAUGUACUCAAUGAGACGGAGGCGCGUGCCGAGGACUGGAGGAAGUUGGCAUUUGAUUAUAAAUUUGCGGAACGUUUGAAGUGCUUUGACAGAGACGAUCUCAGUGACAGGGCCUUCGCAAGACUUGACGGCUUCUUCUCUGAACCUGAGCCUGAUGUGGAUGGCGACAGGAAAUUUGGUGACAUUGUGGUGACCAAAGUAGUUCUCACUUGGAUGCGUGGGCUUUACAACUACUGCAAAGAGAGAAAAAGGCUGCAGCCCCGAAUUGACCAAGUGAGGAGGCUGGACGGGGAGCUCCAGGCACUAUACGAACUCAAGGCUAAGGACAAGCAUUGGUUUCCCAUUGCAUCGACUUUAGAGCUGGAUCCCAAGAGACCGACGCCGGUUCGCCUGGAUGGCUUGGACCUGGUGGUUUGGCAGGUGCCUGGAGAGGAAGAUUCAGAAGAUGGCGGAUGGCGGGUGAUGAGUGAUGCGUGUCCCCAUCGCUUGGCUCCUCUGUCAGAGGGGCGCAUAGAGCCAAAGACCAAAUGCUUGCAGUGUGCAUACCAUGGCUGGGAAUUCGACUCCAAGGGCAGCUGCACCAAGAUUCCACAAGUCGAGGACGCUGCAGCGCAAAAGAUGCGAGCAAGUGAACGCUCGCAGGUGCCCAGCUUCCCCACGAAGGUUGCCAUGAAGUUGGUUUGGGUUUGGCUGGGCGAGGGAGAGCCCCAGGGUCAUCCUGGCGACAUCUUGAAAGGCAGCCAUUUGGAGUCUGAGUUCGAAGUCUCUGGGACCUAUACACGAGAUUUGCCCUAUGGCUAUGACAGUUUGAUCGAGAAUCUGAUUGACGUCUCCCACGUGCCCUUUGCUCAUCACGGCCUGCAAGGCACCCGAGACGAUGCUGUCCCUGUUUCCAUGACCAUUCCAGAGGUGAAGUCUUCUGCUGAACACGGUGAGAUCCUAAACUUUACGUUUUGGGAUCGAACCAUGGGUAUGAGGCGAGAAGCGCAGUUCUCUUUGCGAUCGCCGUUCUUCUUCUAUUACUUGGGUGAGUUCAAAGGAGACGGAGAUAGCUUGGAGUUCAAGAAAUUCGCAGAACGCCGUGGAGGCGGCGAGGCCGAUGGAAAGCCACGCUUCCGUUUGCAUUGCGCCUGUGUGCCUGUGGCCCCCGGCUGGUCGCGACUGAUCCUUUGCAACGCCACCAGAUCAGGUGAGGGAUUCAGCAUCCUGCCACAAUGGGCAAUUCACCUUUUGUCCAACCGCUUCCUCGACAGCGACAUGGCAUUUCUGCACUACCAGGAAAGGACGCUGCGCAACAAGACAAACAGCGCUGAUGGUUGGUCCAAUGCCUACUACAUGCCAGGGGAAGCGGAUCGGAGCAUUGGAGCCUGGCGGCAAUGGUUGGCAAAGGAAAAAGCACGAUGCGUGGAUCCUGAGGUGGAAUUGCCACCAUCUCCCUUGUCAAGGGAGGAGCUGCUGAAUCGAUGGGAUCAGCAUACUGCCUACUGCAAGCACUGCCGCGAGGCUCUGAGCAACAUGGAGGUGGUACAAAAGGGCUGUGCUGCGCUCUUCUUGGCAGCGCUCGUAGGGGCUCAAACAGAGCUUGCGCCGAAUGCCUUGUGUUUGCCAGUGGAGCUCUUGGGUGCAGUUGGGAUGGCAGGUAUCGAGACAUUGAAACAGGCUCCGAGCGGGUUGUGA